AUGAGAAUCGAUAGAACCAAAGAACUCUACAAAUCGCCCCCAUAUAUCGAUCAAAUUCUUCCCCAAAAUCGCGCAGACUUCCAAUCGUCCUUAAGCCCCCAGUCUUCGAACGCCAUUAAACCCCAGAAAUCGACGAGCAGCGGCCUUCCUCGUCCAGCAGAACCGCCGACGAACCAGUCGAGAAAUUCUCGUCGGCGACCUUCAACAGCAGCGGCCUCCUUCUGUCCGUGCUCGUUGGUCAAUAGCGAGAAUCCCAGCCGUAGAGCAGCAACAUCCGCCGUCGCGAGCACCAGCAAGCCGGAAUCCGCGACCCCCGACAACCAUCGCGGCCACUGUGAACUGCCGAGCCUUUCGUCGGCGACUUCCAGCAGUCGUGCGUGGCUAGGAGCGGGCACCGUUCUCAGGCAGGCGACCUUCGAGCAUAGCAGCGGCACCCCGUCGGCCUUCGUUCAGGCCCGAACAGCAGCAGCAGCGGCCGUGCGUGAAAAAUUGAUAGCCGAGAGCGAGCCGGGAGAUAAUCAGCUAGUAGUCGACCCUUCCCGACUAGACGCGACAUGCUUGUAUAUUGCUGUUAAUGUGAAAUUUCAAAGCCUUCGAUGUGAGUUGUACCGAUCGUCGAACGGUUAUUCCCGUGGCUAUAGAACGUACCCGUUAGGUAGUCUCCUUAUUAUUGUGAGCCGUAAGACCUGGGUUAAAGGUCCCAGUGGUCCCAGUGCUGGACGACCCUCGUUGGUUACAUGGUAUAUUUCGCUCGCAAGGGCGAAAGCCGAUGAAAAGGCAAUUCCAGGUGGGCUAGUUGUUUUGCUCACCCCCCCCAAUUUAUCUUUUCAGGUAAAGCGGUUGGCGUCAGACACGAGACUUAGUAUUCAUAUGCUCUGCUUUGUCAUAAUUGAAAAGAAAGAAAGUUUUCGGGACGUGAAUCCUAAGAACUUAAAACUGAACAGUGGAAAUGCUUCGAAGUAUAUUCCCCAAGCGCUGUUUUUAUGCAGCCGCUACAUUGUCUUCUCCACGGCCAUGGCUUUUGGUCUGGUCAAUGGCGUUCCAGUUUUCUUGGCAAAGCCUCAGACUUACAUGAAUUUGAGUGGUCAAUUUAUUGGUCCCCUUGCGGCUUAUUAUAAGCUUCCUCUUAAUAGAGUGCUAGUGGUUCAUGAUGACAUGGAUUUACCUUGUGGAGUUCUUCGUCUUAAUUCUUUGGGAAAUCACGGAAGUCACAACGGGCUUAAAAGCGUGAUCCAUCAUUUUCGGGGGAAUAAAGAAUUUCCUAGGCUAAGAAUUGGUAUAGGGAGGCCGGCUGGUCAAAUGGAUCCGAAAGCAUUUUUACUCCAAAAGUUCAAUGCCAGUGCUCGAGAGCGGAUUGAUGGUGCAUUGGUAGAAGGUGUUGAUGCUCUUGAACAGCUUUUGUCAAAAGGCUUGACAGAAGCUUCUAGAUACUUUAAUAGGGAUCAGAAGUACAAACACAUUAGGCUGCAGACAAUGCCCGUCUGACUCAAUAAUCUAAGAACUACAUUUCCUCUUUGUUGAUGAUUUCCGUGAAGAAUUGAAAGACAUGCACCAGUGAAGGAGUCUUCUUUAAUCAUUGUUUUCCCUUGCUUAAGUUUGAAAAUUCAUUUUAUUAGUUUGUUAAACUUGAUUAGCAUUUGACCCUAGUUUGAAAAUCCUUCAAGUUAAAUGUGAAGGGCAGCUUUAGGCUUGUUAUUCGUCCUUAGCUCAUCUAGUCUUGGUGUUGUUAGUGUAAUUACCUAAAAACAACAAAAUUGUUUGAGAAAUUUCAUGGCAGCUCCACUUUUUCUGUUUUAGGAUAUCCCUUGGAGCAUUAGUACAGCAAUCGGCAGUUGAGGUUCUUCAAUU